ACAUUUAUGCAAAGUGACUUGCAUGCUCUUCACACCCCACUCUUGUUCAGAUCGCCACCCUAAUUUCACUUCACCUUCAAAUUCACACCAUCAAUUUCACACACAUAACCUCUGUUACCUACACCCACAACAAAUGGGCCGAUUCAUCUGGUCCACACCAUCCUUCGAUUCAAAAUCAGGACGAUUCAUACUCUUCAUUCUUCUAGUAAUCACCGCAUCUUUCUUCACCGGAACCUUUUUUGGACGCAAUUCUCCGGCGAUAUCAUCAUUUCAAUCACCAGGUGCUCCUACAUUUAGUAACAAAAUCACUCUUACUUACCGUAAUUCGCCGCUUAUAAUUCCAGAAUCUGGGAUGAACAUAUGUCCAAUCGAACUUAACGAGCACAUUCCCUGUCAUAAUCCAUCUUAUAUAAAAGAAAUAUCCCCAAAUUUGGAUCAUUCCAGACGAGAAAACUUGGAGAGACAUUGCCCACCACUAGAAAGACGUUUGUUUUGCUUAAUACCACCACCGGAAGAUUACAAGAUACCGAUAACAUGGCCAACCAGCCGCGAUUAUGUGUGGCGGAGCAAUGUGAAUCAUUCGCGGCUUUCUGAAGUCAAAGGUGGUCAAAAUUGGGUGCAUGAAAAGGGUCAACUGUGGUGGUUUCCUGGUGGUGGUACACAUUUUAAACAUGGAGCUAGUGAAUAUAUUCAGAGAUUAGGAAAUAUGAUAACCAAUGAGACAGGUGAUCUUCGUUCGGCCGGAGUAUAUCAAGUUCUUGAUGUUGGUUGCGGUGUUGCUAGUUUCUCUGCGUAUCUUUCUCCGUUAAAUAUAACAACAAUGUCGUUCGCUCCUAAAGAUGGACAUGAAAAUCAAAUCCAAUUUGCUCUAGAACGUGGGAUCGGUGCUAUGAUAUCGGCUUUAGCUACAAAACAACUCCCUUUUCCCGCCAAUUCUUUUGAAAUGGUUCAUUGUUCAAGAUGCCGUGUUGAUUGGCAUGAAAAUGAUGGAAUUUUACUAAAAGAAAUAAACCGACUUCUUCGGUCAAACGGGUAUUUUAUUUAUUCAGCUCCACCAGCUUACAGAAACGACAAAGAUUAUCCUGUUAUUUGGGAUAAAAUGAUGAAUAUAACUUCUAGAAUUUGCUGGAAGCUUGUUGCUAGGAAAGUUCAAACAGCAAUAUGGAUUAAAGAAGCUGAUGUGGCAUGUCUUCAGCGGAAUGCAGAACAAAAUCUCAUUAAUAUAUGUUAUUCUGCAGAUGAUAACAAUAAUAAUAAUAAUAAUAAUAAUAAUAAUAAUAAACGCACAUGGAAUAUACCCUUGAGAAAUUGUGUUACACUUGACACUUUGGGUGCCAGUUCUCGCAAACUCCCUCCUAUACCGCAACGGUUUUCUGUUUAUUCAGAAAGUCUUAGUAAUAUACGUUUGACACAAGAGAAGUUUUUAUCGGACACCCUUUACUGGCAAGAUCAAGUUCAUGAAUACUGGAGGUUGAUGAACGUUGACGAAUCGGCAAUUAGAAAUAUUAUGGACAUGAAUGCCCUUUAUGGUGGAUUUGCAGUUGCUUCAAGUACUUGGCCUGUUUCGGUGAUGAAUGUAGUCCCUGCAACAACAAAUGACACUUUGUCGGCUAUAUAUGAACGAGGUUUAAUCGGUGCUUUUCAUGAUUGGUGCGAACCAUUUUCAUCGUAUCCCCGCACGUAUGAUUUAUUGCAUGCGUAUUAUCUCUUCUCUCACUAUGGAAACAAUAAAGAAGGUUGCUUCGUCGAAGAUAUUAUGCUAGAAAUGGACCGCCUCAUACGGCCUGAGGGGUUUAUUAUUAUCAGAGACCGAGAAUCGAUUAUAUCAAGAAUAAGAGAUAUUGCCCCAAAGUUUCUAUGGGAGGUGAGGUCAUUUGUCCUUGAAGAUCAUCAAAAACAACCAGAACCAGUAUUAAUUUGCCAAAAGCGAUUUUGGGCAAUUGUUUAAUUAUGAUCCAAAAGGCACAGGUUCUAAUUUUAAAACUUGUUUAACAAAUGCAGUUAUUAGUUUUUGUAUACUAAUAGUUAUCUUCUUGAUCAUUUCGGUUUUAUGUUUCGAUUUUAUCGGAUUA